UUACUUAAGUAGCCGACUAUCUGCCACUUCCCACUGCAACCGACCCCCUGCGGCUGACGGCUGUUAGUUCUCCUUCUUGGCAGCGGCGGCAAUGGCGUUGUCUUCUCCGAUUUCCCAGCCAUCUUACUUCCAUAAUAUCACGUCUUCAUUAUUCUUCGCCGGCGGAGGCGUAAAUGGGAAUAGUAGCAAUUGUGGUACUAACAGGACCACAACACUGAUGAGGAGCCGUGCUAAUAACAACUAUAGGAGCAAGAAUUCUUCACUACUGCCCAAGAUCUAUCCUUGUUCUCCCCUUCUUCGCCAACAUCCCAACGCUUUCUUUAGCUCAGACUUCAAUUUGAGAUGUGGAAGAAGGGAUUCGUCUACAUCCAACAUAUUGGUUUCAGUAGCAAGCGCAGCUGAUGUUUUGCUGGAUGAAGCUGUAGAACAAGCUCAGCUUCCGAAGGGUGAUACUUGGUCCAUACAUAAAUUUGGUGGUACUUGUGUGGGAAGUUCGGAUAGAAUAAAAAAUGUGGCAGAGAUAAUAGUUAAGGAUGAAUCUGAAAGAAAGUUGGUCGUUGUCUCUGCUAUGUCAAAGGUUACUGACAUGAUGUAUGACCUUAUUAACAAAGCGCAGUCGCGUGAUGAUUCUUACAUAACUGCACUUGAUGCUGUUUUAGAAAAGCACAAGUUAACAGCUCUUGAUCUGCUCGAAGGGGAUGAUCUUGCUGGUUUCUUGUCUAGCUUGCAUGACGACGUCAACAACCUCAAAGCUAUGCUUCGUGCAAUACAUAUUGCUGGUCAUGCAACAGAAUCUUUUUCGGAUUUUGUUGUGGGUCAUGGUGAGUUGUGGUCUGCUCAAAUGUUGGCGGCUGUUGUCAGGAAGAAUGGAGUUGAUGCCAAUUGGAUGGACACUAGAAAGGUCCUCAUUGUAACUCCUACAGGUUCAAAUCAGGUUGAUCCUGACUAUUUAGAGUCUGGGAAAAGACUUGAAAAAUGGUACUCAGAGAAUCCGUCCAAAACAAUCAUUGCUACUGGUUUUAUAGCUAGCACCCCACAAGAUAUACCUACAACUUUGAAGAGAGAUGGGAGUGAUUUCUCUGCUGCUAUUAUGGGUGCAUUGUUUAGAGCAGGACAAGUAACAAUCUGGACUGAUGUUGAUGGCGUAUAUAGUGCAGACCCGAGAAAAGUCAGUGAGGCUGUUAUCCUGGAGAAAUUGUCUUAUCAAGAGGCAUGGGAAAUGUCAUACUUUGGAGCAAAUGUUUUGCAUCCUCGGACCAUUAUUCCAGUUAUGCGGUAUGACAUACCAAUUGUCAUAAGAAAUAUCUUCAACCUUUCUGCUCCUGGAACUAUGAUCUGUAGGCCAUUGGUCAGUGAGACUGAAAAUGGUCAGAAAUUGGAAUCUCCAGUCAAAGGAUUUGCAACAAUAGACAAUUUGGCCCUUGUGAAUGUUGAAGGAACUGGAAUGGCUGGUGUUCCUGGUACAGCUAGUGCAAUUUUUGGUGCUGUCAAAGAUGUCGGAGCUAAUGUAAUCAUGAUAUCCCAGGCUAGCAGUGAGCAUUCAGUAUGCUUUGCUGUACCUGAGAAGGAAGUUAAGGCUGUUGCUGAAGCUUUGGAGGCUAGAUUUCGUCAAGCUUUGGCUGCCGGGCGCCUUUCUCAGGUUGCUGUUAUUCCAAACUGUAGUAUUUUGGCAGCAGUUGGCCAAAAAAUGGCAAGCACCCCUGGAGUUAGUGCUACUCUAUUUAAUGCACUUGCAAAGGCUAAUAUUAAUGUCCGUGCAAUAGCUCAAGGUUGCUCAGAGUACAACAUUACAGUGGUUGUCCGGCGUGAAGAUUGUAUAAGAGCUUUACGGGCUGUGCACUCUAGGUUUUAUCUGUCACAGACCACAAUUGCUAUGGGAAUUAUUGGUCCAGGGUUGAUUGGUGGUACAUUACUUGACCAGCUCAGGGACCAGGCGGCAGUCCUCAAGGAAAAGUUUAACAUUGAUUUGCGUGUUAUGGGAAUUACUGGAUCAAGGAAAAUGCUUCUAAGUGAUAAGGGCAUUGACUUGUCUAGAUGGAGGAAGCUUCAAAGUGAGCUUGGUGAAAAAGCUGACCUUGAGACCUUUGUUCAUCAUGUGCACGGGAAGCAUUUCAUCCCGAAUACUGUUUUAGUGGAUUGUACAGCAGACUCUGUAGUUGCAAGUCAUUACUAUGAAUGGUUACGUAGGGGAAUACAUGUUGUCACCCCAAACAAGAAGGCCAAUUCAGGACCACUUGAGCAGUAUCUGAAGUUGAGAGCUCUCCAACGUCGAUCUUAUACGCAUUACUUCUAUGAAGCUACUGUUGGAGCUGGUCUUCCAAUUAUUAGCACCUUACAGGGUCUAAAUGUAACUGGUGAUAAAAUAUUGCGUAUUGAAGGCAUUUUCAGUGGGACUCUGAGUUAUAUAUUUAACAACUUUGCUGGAGCACGAGCUUUCAGUGAAGUAGUGAAGGCGGCAAAAGAGGCAGGUUAUACAGAACCGGAUCCUAGAGAUGAUCUUUCUGGAACCGAUGUGGCUAGAAAGGUAAUUAUUCUUGCUAGAGAAGCCGGAUUAAAGCUGGAACUCUCAGAUAUUCCUAUUGAGAACCUGGUGCCAGAACCUCUGAGGGCUGUAACAUCUCCUGAGGAGUUUCUACAGCAGCUGCCACAAUUUGACCAAGAUUUGGCAAAGCGAAGGCAGGAGGCUGAGGAUUCUGGGGAAGUUCUACGCUACGUUGGGGUGGUAGAUGUUGAAAACCGAAAGGGGACGGUAGAAUUGCGAAGGUACAAAAAGGAAGAUCCAUUUGCACAGCUUUCAGGAUCUGAUAACAUCAUCGCGUUCACAACUGAAAGGUAUAAGAAGCAGCCACUAAUUGUCCGCGGCCCAGGUGCUGGAGCAGAAGUGACAGCAGCUGGAGUAUUCAGCGAUAUACUGCGACUUGCAUCGUAUCUUGGUGCUCCAUCAUAGUGUUAGUCAACUUCGAAACUAGUAUAGCAAAUUUUGUCUCCCUGAGCUUUUAAAUUUUCUUCUCUGUUACCCCUAAAUGUGGUUGUAGUAGAUACAAGGCUGGCUGAGAUGUGUCUGUUGGUUCAUGCAUAAUCUUUUUGCUUAGCCUUCCGUGAUUUGUUUUGUGCUCUUCGCACUGAGCACUAUUGUAGUCGUUUGUAACGCUUUUUGUGACUCCUGCUAUGUGUAUCGCUCUAGUUAGAAGAGGUACAAGUUCCAGAAGGAAGCUAUUUCGUAGCAAAUUUCAAGAGGAUAUUUCUUCA